AUGAUCUUACGGAGGUACAUUUAUGAUAGAGACAUGAUCUAUACCUGGGGCAUCGGACGUGUGACCCUGCUAGGUGAUGCUGCACAUCCUAUGCAGCCAAAUCUUGGCCAAGGGGGUUGCAUGGCAAUUGAGGACUGUUACCAACUUAUACUUGAGCUUGAAAAAGUUUCCAAAAGAAGCUCUGAUGUUUGCCUAGCUAAUGAAAUUGCCUCAGCAUUUAAAAGAUACGAGAAGAAAAGAAUGUGUCGUGUCAGCACAGUGCAUGCAGUGAGCCGAUUGGCAUCCAAAAUGAUCUCCUACUACCAGCCCUACAUGAAUUUUGGAUUUGUUCCCUUGUCUAAUAAGUCAGCUGUGCAGAUUACACAUCCUGCAGUUCCAAUUGCACAAGCAGUUUUGCAGUUUUGCUUGCCACAGUUUAUGGCUUGGCUCAUAUCAGGCCAUGGGUAA